AUGUCACCUAACCGCAGGGAAUGCCGACCUAUCAUGUGCAAGGUUUGCGAACAGAUGAGUCGAAAGAUUUGCAACCAAGAUUUAUAUCGCAAUCCAGAUGCUGACCAAGAACUACUUGAUGAUCUAGAAGAUCCAGCAUCUCUCGAUCCAACUGAAUCGGAUUCCGGUACUGUGUUAAUCGAAACACUAGCGUCAGAUAAUGGUGCUUCGGUGGAAUUGCCGGCUGCCGUUUUUGUGCAAAAUCUACGCAUGUUGGCCAAAUUAAUCGAAGAUGAGGUAGACUUUGAAUGUGACUGCUGUCGGUUUGAAUCAAAUCAAUCUAAAGCCGGCUUUCGAUGCAUCGAAUGCGGAGACAAUUUGUGCGAAAAUUGUGCUCGGGCGCAUCGGUUAACAAAACUAACUCGUCUUCAUACACUGAUACAUUAUCAGGAUAUAGUAUCCGCCGAAUGCCUGCCGAAAGUACACAAAGCUCCUCAGGCCUCGUGUUCUGAUCAUGUGUUCGAGGAUCAGGCCAUCGACUCGGCACAAACGCUGACCAAACUUGUGGAUAACCUACCCUCCGGGUUGAAUGGAUCCGAGAACUCUGUGCUGGACUGUCCGGCUCCACCAGCCUGUGCUUACUGCAAACAAUGCCGCCAGAUGUUGUGUGCUCAAUGCAGUGGACAGUUCUCCUCUACAGGGCCAAACCAGAGGCAUGUGCAACAUUUGGUUGUACCGCUAGAGCAAGCCGUGCACGCAGUCAAGUCGGAGAUGGAUUAUGUACGAAGUCUGACGGCAUAUGGGUUUGAGCUGACCGAGCUGCACUCGACUUUAUCCGAACGGAUAGAUGCGCGAGCAGAGGAGCUACAUCGUCGUAUCGCCCAGCUGGCCGAGGGGAUGAAACAGCAGCUCACGGAACAGAUCAACACUGAGCUUUCCAAUUUGGAUCGAUACAUUCGACCUUUGGGUCCGUUGAUCGCUCAGUGCGAGGUGGCAACCCAAAUCCGGCCAGAAUUCAUUCCUGGUGAGUCCGCGUUGGAUCAAGAUAUCAAUCAUGAAUCGGACAAAGUGCAUCUUUUUGGGAAACUGAUUAUCUCUCAGGAGUGUGAGGAUAAGAGCGAUCCCAACAUGGUCUGUCAUUCAACCAUGGAAAGCACAAUUGACCAUUCUGCGGACGUUGUCAAUGCCUUUGUGUCCACGGGGGUGAACACGACACCACGUCAAUGUAUCGAGUCACUGAAAUGGCCGUUUGAUAAAGAAAAGAAGGAAUGUGACAUGACAGACAAGAUUCCUGGAUUACAGCCAAAUGGAAAUGGGAAAGAGACUGAAACGGUCAGAUGCAGUUCCUAUGCCACACCCAGGCCGAAUGGCACAGACCUGAAUGACUCACAAUGGAACGGGUUGACUAACGAGUUUGAGUUCGAUGCCCGUGUCCCGACCGAUUCGAGAGAUGUGUGGCCCACCGGUUUGGCCAUUCAUCAACCGACCGGCAACAUUUGCGUCGUGGAUCGUGAUAACGCCCGAUUGAAGGCAAGUAGAUGA